AUGACUUUGUUUGCAUUGCAAGGUGUCAAAUACUUCCUGCUCCACCCAGCACUGUGGAAGGAAGUGACAUUUCCCCUCAUCCUCACAAUUGCGUUCGGGGUGGUAACAGCGUUCUUCUUGUUCUCACACACGCUAUCUCGUCAAAAAGACUGGCUGGAUGACAAAGAUGUACCGAAGCAACUUGCCGAGAUACUAGGGCUGUCCAUCGUCGUGACGGAAAUCUUCGUGUCCACCGUUGCCUACGGCAUCGUGUGCGUCGAUUAUUUCCAGGACAAGAUCUUCGUCUUCGUCUUGAGAGACCGCGGCUUCGGAUCGUUGCUGGAAGGCCAUGAGCGCCGCUCAACUGCCGUGAAAGUAUGCACGUCAUAUUUUCUGUCUCGCAGCGUACUCGGCGUUAUCUCAUUACCAUUGCAUUUGGUCCCGAUCCUCGGCAGCCUCGUGUACGCGUGGCUGCAUGGUAGUGUCUUGGCGUGGGAGCAGCAUCUCUUCUACUUCGAGAUCAAGGGCUUCGGUUUGCUUCAGCAACAGCACUGGGUGCGGUGUUACAAGGUGCAGUACUCAAGCUUCGGCAUGCAGGCGCUGCUGCUUCAUACGAUCCCGUGUGCCGGCCCGUUCUUCAUGUUCACGAAUGCAUGCGGAGCUGCGCUCCUGGCCGAAGAGCUAGAGCGCAUCGACAGCAGCGACAAGCGGGCCGAUGAAGAGAAGACAUUGAUCGGGAGUAGCGACAGCAGCGACUUCGACUACGACACGGUCUAG